AUGAAAGAGCACCAAUAUAAUGGCGAGUGGGAGAUGGGGAAGGAAGCUCUGGAAGACAUCCUCUACAGAGCUCAGCUGGAACUCUACUCUCAGCCCCUACUGCUGGGUAACGCUAUGAAGAGUUCCCUGCCAGACAACGCUCCAGACGAGACGCGAGGCAGGAAGGUCCUUCAGGUGGAGGUCACUCCAACCGUCAGUCGCAUCUCCCGCUCCGCCAUCACUGCCGCAUCCAUCAGACGACACCGCUGGAAGAGGGAGGAUGCUGAUGGGAUGAGUGUAGGUGAGGAGUCAUUCAACCUCAACGAUCCAGACGAGGGUUUCUCCUCAGGGGCUUCCAACAGCAGCCAGCCCAGCGCCACCAAGCCUGGGGUCCCGGGCCCCGGGGGCAGUCAGAAGAGCAGCAGCGUCAAGAAGACUGUCACUGCCAGACUGUCCCGAGAGAGAGAGCGGGAGCUGAUGCAUAGGGAGAAGGAGAUGGAGAAGAUGAAAGACCAGGAGAGAGCGAGGGAGAAGGAGAGAGAGCUGGAGAGAUGGAGGGAGAAGGAGAGGCAGAGAGAGAGGGUGGCGGAGAGUCGCAGGGAGCUGUUCUCCGCCGUGGUGGCCACUCCCACAGCAGCUCUGAGACGACGUCAGCAAACACAGACCCCUGCCCCUGCUCCUCCCCCCGUCACCAUGGACACCAUCGACAUCGAGCUCAGCCCAAUCAAGAAGCAGCAGUCCUUCCCUGGCCCCUGCCCCAGCCCCUCCCCCGGCACACUGGUCCGAACAGCCAGUUCCGCCUCCUCCAAGUCGUUGUAUGAAGGUGUGAACAUGAACCUGAACGGCAGCAUUAGCAGCCUGGGGGGGGCUCUGGGAGGUUCUGGGGGGCUGGAGGGGGCUCUGGGAGGGCUGGGUGCCAGCGUGGGGGGAGGAGGGACCCACCGCUACUCCACCAUCAGCCUGCAGGAGGAGGUGCUGGCCCGGCCUGAGGAGAACCAGGAGCUACUCUCCUCGGGAGCGCCCCUCACCAAGCAGUCCCGCUCCCCCAGCUUCAACAUGCAGAUCAUAUCACAGGUGUAG